CGGCCUGUAAAGAACAGCCUAAGAAGCGGUGUCUGCCGCGGUGCACAGCGGUGUGGGUGUCAGGGGCGUUUGCUGCGCGCUGUGGUAGCGCCGUGGCGGUUAAAUGUGGCGGGCCGGGGUCAUGUGGCGAGGGGCCUGAUCCCUGCCCGUCGUGGUUGUUCCAGGUGUGCGUUUGCCUCGCCCGCGCCAAAACGCGCUGAGUGUGAAAGGUUUCUGCCGCUCUUCGCGCGUUCCCAGUGCGUCGCCACGGAGACCCUUGGAAAGCUUUUGUAGCGCUUCUCCUGGUGGUUCGUAGCUAGAUUUAACCCCAGGUGAAAUGUUCUGGAUACACUGAACUACACUUUGAAUUUUCUCAUUUCUGUAUAUUCAGAAUUUCUUUUAAAAAGUAGAAGACAAAAUGAAGAGCAGAGUGGCACAAAUAAAUCAUGGUUCCAGUUAUGAGAGGAGAGAAAGCUACAGUUCACGCCAAAGAAGUCUGUCUCCAGAAGACAGGGAUAGGGAUGUCGAACGUGACAGGUCUCCGUCUCCCAGAGAGAGAAGAUACUCUGAUGACAGCAGAUAUGAGGACUAUUCAAGAAGGGACUACUAUGAUGAUAGAACUUCAGAGGGAAGAAGGAUGGAAAGAGAGAGAGAUAGGUACCACGAGAAAUGGGGGGAGAGAGAAUCUGAUCGAAGGAAGCAGAGAAAAUUUUCGUCCCCAGAUCGUAGAAGUCCAGAGAGGUCGGCGCCCCAGAGCUCACUUCCUCAUGAUGAGCCCCCUUCAAAGAAGAAGAGAGAAGAGCUGGAUCCAAUCCUUACUCGCACAGGUGGAGCAUAUAUUCCACCUGCCAAGCUUAGGAUGAUGCAAGAACAAAUCACUGAUAAAAAUAGCUUGGCAUAUCAGAGGAUGAGUUGGGAAGCUUUGAAGAAGUCAAUCAAUGGUCUUGUCAAUAAAGUGAACGUAUCUAAUAUAGAAAAUAUCAUUCAUGAACUUCUUCAGGAAAAUAUUGUUCGGGGAAGGGGAUUGCUGUCGAGAUCCAUUUUGCAAGCUCAGAGUGCCUCUCCAAUUUUUACCCAUGUUUAUGCAGCUCUUGUGGCAAUUAUCAAUUCAAAAUUUCCAAAUAUUGGUGAAUUGAUUCUCAAGAGGUUGAUAUUAAAUUUUCGGAAAGGAUAUCGCAGAAAUGAUAAGCAACUCUGUCUAACAUCUUCAAAGUUUGUUGCGCAUCUGAUGAAUCAGAAUGUGGCUCAUGAGGUUUUAUGUUUGGAAAUGCUCACCUUGCUUCUUGAAAGACCUACUGAUGACAGUAUUGAAGUAGCAAUUGGUUUUCUUAAAGAGAGUGGGCUGAAAUUAACAGAAGUAUCUCCUAGAGGCAUUAAUGCAAUAUUUGACCGUCUUCGUCACAUUCUGCAUGAAUCUAAAAUCGACAUGCGUGUUCAAUACAUGAUAGAAGUUAUGUUUGCUGUACGGAAGGAUGGCUUCAAAGAUCAUCCCAUCAUUCCAGAGGGAUUAGAUCUUGUGGAAGAGGAGGAUCAGUUUACUCAUAUGUUGCCAUUAGAAGAUGACUAUAACCCAGAGGAUGUUCUUAAUGUUUUCAAGUUGGAUCCUAACUUCAUGGAAAAUGAAGAGAAAUAUAAAACACUUAAGAAAGAAAUUCUUGAUGAAGGUGACAGUGAAUCUGAAACAGACCAAGAGGCUGGAAGUAGCGAGGAGGAGGAGGAGGAAGAUGAAGAGGAGGAUGAAGAUGGACAGAAAGUUACUAUCCAUGACAAAACAGAAAUUAACCUGGUCUCUUUCCGUCGUACGAUUUAUCUUGCUAUUCAGUCAAGUUUAGACUUUGAAGAAUGCGCUCACAAGUUGCUGAAGAUGGACUUUCCUGAAAGUCAAACUAAAGAACUCUGCAAUAUGAUACUUGACUGCUGUGCUCAGCAAAGAACAUAUGAGAAAUUCUUUGGGUUACUGGCAGGGCGUUUCUGCAUGUUAAAAAAGGAAUACAUGGAAUCCUUUGAAGCUAUUUUCAAAGAGCAAUAUGAUACCAUUCAUCGUUUGGAAACAAACAAAUUGAGAAAUGUUGCCAAGAUGUUUGCUCAUCUACUGUACACAGAUUCAAUCCCCUGGAGUGUUCUUGAAUGUAUUAUACUGAGUGAAGAAACUACCACAUCUUCCAGUAGAAUUUUUGUCAAAAUAUUCUUUCAGGAACUUAGUGAAUAUAUGGGGCUUCCUAAUCUAAAUGCAAGAUUAAAAGAUGAAACAUUGCAGCCUUUCUUUGAGGGAUUAUUGCCUCGGGAUAACCCAAGGAACACUCGCUUUGCCAUCAAUUUCUUCACUUCUAUUGGCCUUGGAGGACUAACGGAUGAAUUACGGGAGCAUCUGAAAAAUGCACCAAAGAUGAUAAUGACACAAAAACAAGAUGUUGAGUCAUCAGAUUCCUCUUCGUCUUCAGAGACAGACUCUUCUUCAGAUUCUGAUUCUGACAGUAGCAGUAGUAGCUCAGAGACGUCCAGUAGCAGUGACUCCUCGUCUAGCAGUGGCAACAGCAGUGACUCAGAUGCUGCUAAAGCCAAAAGAAAGAGAAUUCUAAAGAAAAACAGAGGAUCAGAUAAAGUUUCCAGGAAAAAGCAAGGAAGUAAAAAGAAAUCACAUGAAAAGAAAAUGGGAAGGAGGCAUCAAGAAGAUAGAAGUGAUACUGAGAGAACAUCGGAAAGAAAUCACCGAAAUUUGAGAGAAAUGCAGAGGAGGGAUGACAUAUCAAAAUACCGUCACAGAGACGAGUCUAAUGGCAGAGACAGUUAUCCUAGUGGAAAGGAAAGGAACCAUGAAAGAGGCAAGGAUCUAGAAAAUAAACGCAGUACUUCAACAAUGAAGAAAGCAGAGAGAAGAUCUUCUUUAUCUGAUGAUGAAAAUUAUAGACACUGGAGUAAAGAUAAUGGUUAUCGCAGUAGAAAAAGAGAAAGGUCAAAAUCUGGAGAAAGACACCAUAAUAAUUCAAGUCCCAGAGAGGAGGAACAAGAAGACCGGUACAGAAAUGGUUCAGAGAAACUCCGAGAGAAGUACAACCGUUACUCUGACCAGUACAGAGAAUCAAGAAAAAAUGAUGACAGACGAAGGGAGAGUUCCCCACACAGGCGAAAAUAACGCUUAACCAGAAUUUGAAAUGAAUGUGCAUUUCUGAGCUGUUAAAACUGUAUAUUUUAAUCUAUUACUAAGCUUUCUUCAAAAAAGAUUUUGUACAAAGCGAUAGUUUGCAUUUGUAAAUUUUAUCAGACUUUUUCAAGUUUUCAGUACAGCUUUUUUUUUUUAAUAACAACUGCGUUGACUCUUUCUGUUAAAUUCUUCCUUUGGAAAGAAUUUUCAUUGAGAGAGAAGACAAAGUUGCUUAUAUUUUGUGAAUAAAGCAGUUACGAUCUCAAUGAAAUGAGUGUUUUUGUCACCUAGUUUCAAUCCUUUGUUCCUUUACAGUCUGAAGAACGUUUGUUUUCGACUUUGCUUAAUAGUUGAAGAUCAGAGAUAUUGAGGCUAGUGUGGCAUAAAAAUUGACAUUACAAUAUGAAUGUUACAUGAAAAAUUGUUUUUUAUUUUUUAAGUUACAGACAUCAGCCCAAGCACUUCAGGCUUUCCAUAGCUACUUAUAUAUUAUUUUAUAUUCACAAAUAUGGAAGCAAGUCUGACCAAUGUUUUCAGAAAAUAAUGCUUCAGUUGAUUUAUUUUUUUCUUUGAGAGUUAAAAAUUAAAACUGCAGCAUUGCAGUUUUAAAUGUCGCAUCAGGAAGUGUGUCAACUUCUUCCGUGUUACUUUUACAAUUUGUUUUAAAAUAACUCAGCAUUCUGAACUAGUUAUCUUUGUGAUCUUGUAAAUGUAGAAAAAAAUUUCAACUAUGAAUUAAAGUCUCAUAGGUUUAAAUUCUAGCACUAUAAUGAUAAUGUAUAGGGAAUGUCCUUUUCAAUAUACAAAAAAUAAGCAAUAGAAACAAAAGAUGCUUCAAAAAUUUUUUCAUUCACUUUGAGCAAUAUAGUUCAAAGAGCUCCAGUUUCUUGGAAACAAAGUUUACCAAAAUUUUCAGUUGCAGCACUUAAUAAUAUGAUGUUAUAUCUGGAUUCAUUUGAAGCAAUUAGCUGAAUAAUCAUUGUUUGAGUAACAAAUCAAAAUCAUCUGGGCAAGAUUCUAAAUCUCAUUAGUAGGUAAGGAAAAUUCUGAAAGUCUCUGAAAUGGUGUGAACAUGGUCAGUAGGAAGGAUAAAGAGAUAAUGGUUGUAUAUUAUGCCUAUCAUUGAUCCAAUAAGACUGCAUUUUUUACUUUGCUAAAUGAACACAACUGGUGGGCAUAUGAAAACUUACACUUUUAAUGUGUAAAUAUUAUAGAAAAUUUGGUAGCUGUUUUAUAACAGAAAAUAGAACAAUUCCUAAGGAAAUAGACUAGUUUUGCGUAAUUCUUGUCACAGAACAUUUUUCUAAGAAAAUGACAAUUUUUAAUUUUUUUCUGUAUUUAACAGAAUAUAUUUCUGUAAGU